AUGUCGAGUUCUCGACCAUUCAAGAGGCAGCGUAUUUGUCGCGCUUGCGACCAAUGUCGCCGGCGCAAGUCCAAAUGCGAUGGGACACAACCGGUCUGUGAGAUCUGCCGCUCGGCGGGUCGAACAUGCACAUACGAGGCUGGUGGUGGCCGACGAGGAUUGCCGUCUGGUUACGUCAGAGGGCUUGAAACCGCUCUUGGUCUGAUAUUCAAAAACAUUCCCAACAGCGAGAAUAUCUUGCGCGGUCUACUAGCCGAGUGCGGUGCUGCCAAAGCCAGGAAUCGGGCCGUCGCAGCAUGGCGCAAGUCCCAGGUGAACCGUGGUAUAUCACAGAUGCUCGUUCCAGGUUCGAAGGAGACGUCGAUGGAAGACUCUAUUGAUGAUGAGGCUGAGGGGGAAGAACUGGAGAAUCGUGAUGUUAUACCCACUAUAGAGAGCAUUGAGCCCUUCAUCCCGCCGAAAGAGAUAUCCCCACAGGCCCCACCGAUUAUAUCUCUUGAACCAAAGGAAGUGGUUGACUUGCCGAUUCCAGACAACACGGCUGGCCUACUGGAGCUGUACUUCACUCAUACCCACUGCUGGUUUCCCAUCUUGGAGCGCCGAGACCUCCUUCGGGCGAUGCAUACGUAUCCCCACCGAUCCACGCCUCGGGAUGCGACAUGCCAUCUCAUGUUGUGGGCCGUCAUUGCCUACUCGUCCGUUACAAAUCCCCACCACAAUCACGGCCAACCCAACUCUACUCAAAUCCUUCAUUCCAUUCAACGCCGGAUCCUGUCGCACUCGGACAAACUGGAGUUAGGCCACAUCCAGGCGCUCCUAAUUCUUGUUCUACUGCAUCUUCAGGUCGGGGAUAUCAAUCGCGCCUGGGUCCUUGUUGGUCAGGCCACAAGGUUAGUGACCGUGCUGCCGAUGUUGUCGAAGUCCCGAUUCCUCCAUACCGUUCAUGCAUGUAUCCUACUCGACAGUAUAGCCUCAGCCCUUCUGAACAGAUCGCCCUGUUUAUCCCUCGAAGAGCAGCUGGUGUAUGGACCCGUGGAGGAAGACGAUGUAGACGAGUGGGAUCAUUGGACUGCACGGAAUGGGCUCACAUCAAAAGGACCAUUACGGGCCUUGAGCACGUUUAACGCUGUGAGACAGCUUAUGCAGCUCCUCACCCGGGUAUCGUACUGUCCAGUUGACCUGGCUCAAUUGCACAGCCUCCUGCUCGAGAUACAGGAGCAACAGGCAAUUCUUCUAGCGCACUACUCAGAUCCCAGAUCCGACUCUGCUACACCUCCUCUUCUUACCUUGCAUCUGACAGCCGGCUUCGUGAUUCUCUCACUUAUCCGCCGCUGUAGGCCACCUAGUGCCAAUAUGAUCGAUCUGACCAUCAAAACCUCGCACCGUAUGUUUGAUCUGUUCGAUAGUUAUGUCAAAUUGACUGGACAUGUCACAUCACCUCUUCUCCGUUGCUUCCUUCUACAGUGCCGGCGGUGCUUAGAGAGUUAUCUUUCAGCUGCGGAUGGCACUGAGAUUGACGUCUUGAAAAGUCGACUUUCAACAUAUUCGCAAGAGUUUCAGUUGGAUGAGAAUUCUAGUCACAAAAAUCGCUCGGCAGCUAUCCAAACUACGCGUGAAUGGCGGAGCCCCUUACAGCAAAUGACCGAUUUCAGAGCCGGCCAGUCCUUCCAAAUUGGGAAUCUAAACCCCCUACAGAGUCACUACACAAGACCUGUAUCGGCCUGUCCAGCUCUUUUCCCCGCAGAACAUCCGACACCAUCACCCGCUCUACCAGGCGAGGCUGAUGGUUUCGAUGCGUUGUUCGAGGAGAUGGUGACCUUGAUCCCUAGUACAAGCCGCAAUGCCCUCCAUCCUCCUCAUCAACGGGCCCAACCUCAACCUCCUCGGCACCCGAGAACCACACCUCUACGGCUUCACCACCUUCCCCAACUCGAAGACAGUGCAAAGGCCCUGGCUGCAUGCAAAGGUGCGCAACUGGAAUCUUUCCAAUCCAACCACGAGGGCCAAAUCAUCUACCGCAUCCAUGAAGUCCGUGGUCACACCGACGCCAUCAUCACCAAUUCCAGCGCGUUCGCACUGUACUAG